AUGUCACUUUCCCCAAUUCAUCUCACGGAAAAAGACACCAAUGUCGAGCCCAAGCGAACGGACUCUUCGCCCCCAGGCGACCUCGUCCAGCACCAAGCCGCAGCAUUGGACCCCGAAGCCACACCGACACCUGAGCCCGCUGCCAAACCAGAUGGCGGUUUCGUUGCCUGGAUGCAAGUCGUCGGCGGGUUCCUCUUGUUCUUCAACUCGUGGGGAAUCCUCAGCGCAUUUGGCGUCUUCCAGACAACAUACGAAUCCGGCACACUAUUCAAGCAGAGCUCAUCCAACAUUUCUUGGAUCGGGGCGAUUCAAUACUGCAUUGCCAUGAUGACGGGCUUCUGGGCCGGCCCCGUCUACGACCGUGGCUAUAUGCGGGUGCUGCUGGUCAUAGGCACCGUUUGUGUCGUUGUGGGACACGUACUUCUCAGCUUCUGCCAUCCGUACUGGGAGGUACUCCUCGCCGAGGGUUUCUUGAUCGGGACUGGAGCAGGCUGUCUUUUCCUUGUGUGCAUCUCUACGCUUCCGCAGUACUUCGACAAGAAUCUUGGGCUCGCGGCCGGAAUUGCGUCAUCGGGGUCUUCCUUUGGCGGGCUCGUCUACCCCGUCGCGCUCUAUCAUCUAGUCGACCACGUCGGGUUUUCCUGGGCUGUUCGAGUUGUUGGUCUCAUCGCACUAGCGACUCUCAUGGUGCCGCUAUUCGCCAUGAAGGCACGCGGAAAGCCAGGCAGGCCUCGGUCGUUUGUCGACUGGGAGGCCUUCAAAGACGCGCGUUACAUGACAUUUGUCGCCGGCACCAUGUGUGGUUCUGCCAGCGUACUCAUCCUCAACACGUAUAUCAGCUACUUCGGGAAGAACGAACAGCUGCUCGACGGCCCCAUGAGCUUUUACAUUGUGUCGGUGUUCAACGCUGCCUCGUGCGCGGGGCGAAUCUUGCCGAACUUCAUAUCCGAUACCCUCGGCCCGUUCAACAUCCUCGCACCGUUUAUGUUCAUCACCGGAGCUGCGGCGCUGUGCAUGACUGCUGUGCACAGUGAGGGUGCUAUCAUCGCCAUGGCGGUCGUACUCGGCUUUCUCAGUGGUGUUUUCCCAUCUAUGCCUCCGGUUUGCUUCGCUCGCCUAACCAAAGACAAGAGCAAGAUCGGUACACGCAUGGGCAUGGGGUAUUCCAUGUCAAGCCUGGGGUAUUUGGCCGGGGCACCAGGUGCAGGAGCUAUCCUCGGCUCCGUUGCGCCGUUACAGUGGACCGGAUUAUGGGUGUACUGCGGCAUGGCUUCAUUCGCCUCUGGGCUGAUUUACGCCGCGAUCCGCAUUUCCAACACCGGGUGGAAAAUCCGCAUAAAGGCAUGA